AUGGCGAAAGUUGAGGAUGAAAAUUAUGUCUCUGAUACUUCAUCUGAAGGUGAAGGAAAUCUGGAGCAAAAUCAUCGGAAAGUUGAAGUUCAGCGCCGUCGGAGGCUUGUUCAAAAGAAAAUUCAGUUUGGCAAGAAGAAUGUGCAGACCAAAGGUGUUGGAGAACACUCGCAUGUCAGAUGUCCGAUAACUCGUUCCAGUGCUCAGAAGAAGCGAUUUUCUCAGAAGAAUGCUAUGGAGCGAAACGGAGAUGCUAAUGGGAAGAGGAAGGUUAAAUAUCCAGAUGACAUCGAUUCUGAUUUCGAAGUUGAACAAUGUGUUCCUGUGGAUGAAGAAGAAAGUGAGGAUAGCUCUGAGGCUAACAAAUCAGUACUGAGGAGGUCCAAGGGCAACACACAUAGGCAUAAAUCGAGUUGUUCCGAGUUUGAAGAUGAAGAUGCCAGGAAUAAACACCAAAGAGAACACAAGUUGUUGAUCCUCACAAAAAUUGUUGCUAUCUAUGUUGACAAGCAAAUAAUGCCAUUGUUGGAUUGGGAAUUGCUUUUUCCAAACUCAAGAGCAUUGGUCGUGAAGAUAAUCAACAGCAAUGAUAACAGUCGUUCUACCACACCUAUUGCUGACAUUAAGCGUUUGUUAUCCAACGAUCAAUUGGAGGUGUUUAGAAAUUCUGCUUUUGGUAAAUUUAUAGACCUACCUCAUUAUAAGAUUCAGAAUCAACUUGUCAAUUUGAUUUCAUUACGAGAAGUACACCAACCGAGGUUGGAUGAAAUGUGGUUUGACUUUGGUGGGAAGAUCAUGAGAUUUGGGGUUGAGGAGUUCGCUGUGAUAAGUGGUCUAAAUUGUAAUGGCUUAUGUAAAAAGCUUUGUUAUCCCCCCGUCCCUGAUGGUCUUUUUGACAGAUAUUUCGCCAAUGUUGGCUUGAACCGUCAAUCUAUUAAAUGUCUAUUUCUUAAUAGAGCGUGGAUAAAUGACCAUGAUGGAGUGAAACUGGCCAAGCUUCACUUGCUCGCGAAUUUUCUCAUGGGUGCUCAGGAUAAUCUUUUGUUUGAUAGGUGUUUCUUAGAUAUUCUUGAUAGCCAAGAUUGUGAUAACUAUCCGUGGGGUAAAGAGGUGUACGACUACACCCUUGAUUAUCUAAAGAUGUCGUCUCGUAACAAGGAGUCUUUGCUUCAGAAAUUAGAUGGCACUGAAAAAAGAGUAUAUCUUUAUAGGAUACGUGGGUUUAUUCUAUCGCUUCAGGUGUGGUUUUAUGAGGUGUGUGAUAGCACAGAUGGAGUCAUAUGUACCCGUCUUUCAGUUCCUAAUGUGCCCCGGAUGUUAAAUUGGGAGGCACACAUGAGAUGUGGUAGACGACUCAUCCAGAGGGUUUUCUUGACCUUGCCAUCAGAUAAGUUCAAAAAUAUAACUCCCACCGAAUCGGAGAAGACGAUCCUUCAGCUGGACGGUUUUUUUGUCGAAAGGAACGAGUUCAUCCGUAAUGAAUCUCAAAGUACUCCUACAUUCUCUGUUCCCGGUGCAACUGAGUCUCCUUUUAUAGGACGUUUAAACGAGUUGUCUUCAAACCAAGUGAAGAUUAUGAAUGAUUUGGAUGAUUUGAAGAAGUUGUUUACUGACUUUUCGACUAAAGUGAUGCAUGAGAUACUCAGUCUUAAAGAAACAAUGCUGCAUGAAGAAAGUGGUAAACAACAAGAUCUCCCCCAUGAUGUGGAUAACCAAGAUAUUUCUCGAACGGGAUUAAAUGAUGGAGAAGGUGCUAAGCCCAACGAUGUUCCAGAAAGUAGUCGUCAUCAAGAAAACGUUGGGAUCCACAAGGAAGUUGAUGCUGAAGAUUUUGUACAAGGGAAUGGUGAACAUAAUGUAGAUUUCGAUGUUGAUGGUUUCCCUGUUUUGACCCCGCAAAUGAUGGAUGAGAUUGAUAGGACGACCGAGGGAAAAUUAAAAAGCAUGCUAACUGCCAACAAAAAUGAUACUCCUGGUGUUAUUGGAGGUCUUGAUAUUGGUAUACAGGGUAACCAAAAUGUGGAUGAUCUUGUGUCGGUGGUCGACAUCCCAUUUAAGAAAAUCAAACGUGUAAAAAAAAGACAAGUUAUUUGUAAGUCAUGCCCUUUUGACACUGAUUUUUGGGACACGAUGCGGUUUGAUUUAACUUCGGAUUUCUUUGAGUGGUUGAAAGUGGGUAAACUUAAGAAUCGGCGUAAGAAAAAGGAAGGGUUCGUGUACUAUGAUAAGAAGAACACAACCUUAAGCCCACCAUUUGAUUUUAAUGUUGACGUGGUUUCGGAUAAGAAUUGGUUCUUCACCUUGUAUGAAUCCAAUUGUUUCCUUGAUGGUAGUCAUAUUGAUGUUUUGUUCUACUACAUCCGAAAGAUUGGAUUGUAUGCUCUUGAACCACCUUCUCAGAAAUUUACUACCACUGAUAAUUUUUUCGACCAGCAGAUGAAAUCACUAUAUUCUUUAUACAUUGUUAACUCAUGUGACCCCCGGAUUUGUACGAUCGAUAGUGUCAUCGUCGACUACAUGUUUGGAUUCAAAAUUCUGUGCGGGGAGUCAUGGCUCGAUGUUGAUUACGUACUCUUUCCGAUUCAUGUUGAGUUGGAAGGUGUUGGCCAUUGGAUAUUAGGGAGGUUGUCGUUCGCAACUAGAAAGUUGAUGAUUUAUAACUCCUAUCGAUCGACUGAUUUUGACCAGGUUGUGCUAGAGAGUGUCAAGCGAUAUUCCAUAUUGAUCCCCAUAUUUCUUGCUAUGGUAAAUUUUGUCUCUAGACGUGCUGACAUAAAAAAAAACAUUGGUCCAUACUCGGGAAAGGCAGAGAAUGAUCCUCUUGAUGUCAUUUUCGUGGAAGAUUUGCCCCAACAGCUUUUCUGUGAUUGUGGCGUAUUCGUUGCUUCGUUUGCGGAGUAUAUUGUUUCUAAUGAGCCCAUCAAUGCUGCUACGUUUGACGUUGAUAUCGAGCGGUCAAGGUUUUCAUACCUAUUGUACACACAUGGAAAAAUGAAGCAGGAAAAAGAUUCCGAGAGUGAUGAUGAUUCGCCUGGUCUGUUGCCGGCAAAUUAUCGAAGUAUGCUAGUACUUCCCUAUACUAAGUAG